CCCCACUCCCUUCUGCCUCCUCUUCUUCUUCCUUCUCCUCUGCGGCAUCCAGUUUCGGAUGACUCUGUAUCACCAGGUCGCCUACCGGCUGCAGUAUUGAGUGUCGUCUUGCCCGACGGCAUCACCAAUCGCCGUAGUCGUUGCGAAAUACCCUACAAGUGAUGUAGGCCGCGCGUGACAUGGGUUGUCGCUCUCAUGGUGUGCGAAUUCGCGUCUCUUCACGGGGUUUUUGGCGCGCUGCGUGGAUGGGCGUGGCUUGAGCUCUGCAGGGGAGCACUAGGCGUGGUGGAAGCAGGUUAUCCUUAAUUGGGUUGUUGAGUUUCUGCGAUUUGGGUUGAAUUCUUGUGUUGAAGUGGUGGAAGGAGUGUGAGGAUGGCGCAUAGGAUCCAAGGUACAGACGAGGAGGAUGAGUUCGAGGAGCUGGGUGAUGAACAGAAAGUGGCCAUCGGGAAGUGGUUCUUGCUAAACGCUCCCCCGGGCCAAGUGCUUCAGGUCGCGAAAGAUGUUCGAGAAGUGCUCAUGGAUGGUCGUCUUUACGAUCGAGCCAUCUCAGAAGCUUUCCCAGAAUAUAAUGUGAAAAAUAUGAUUUCUCUGGAGAUGCCCGAUGGCAGUGGCAAGGUGCUUUUGACGAAAUAUGGGCAACUGGAUAGUUCGCGUUUUCUGGACCCUCGUACGGCUAGUGUGGCCAUCGUGGAUCAUGUAAAGCAGAAGUGUACUGAGGUGCGUCCAGCAGAUGACGAGGAGCUUCCGUCUGCAUAUGUGGAAGGAUUUCGGUUCUCUGUGGAUGUAGCUCUUAUGAAGUACGUGGAAGAGGCCUUUCAAGGAGGUGAGUGCUCAGUGUAUUGCACCAAAGGGAAAGAUCUCGAAAAGUCCAGAGGCGAAUUCGAGCUCACAGUUGUCAUCUCCAACUCAAGCUACAGCCCUAAAAACUUCCGUGGUGGAUGUUGGCAAUCGUAUGGAAACCGCUGCCGGGAGCGCGACGAGUUGCAUUCUGCGUCAUUGGAAGGGUCGAUAACUGUAAAUGCUCACUAUUUUGAGGAAGGCAAUGUGCAAUUGGAAAGUAGUCGUAAGUUCAAUGAUACUGUCGUGCUACAGGAUGGAAAGGAUGCCGGGACUUUGAUUGUCAACUCUAUUGAGCACUUCGAAUCAGUGUACUUGUCUAAUUUGGAGGAGCAGUAUGCAAAUCUAUCCGACAGAACAUUCAAGGAGUUGCGAAGGAAGUUACCUGUUACUCGCACAAUGUUUGCAUGGGACAAGGCAUUGCAGUUGAGCUUGACUAGGGAGAUUACCAGAGAAUUUUCUGGGAAUAGGAGAUAGCUUAUAUCUAACCAUCAUUGCCCAUGUACAAGG